GUAAAUAUAUGUCUGUCAAUGGGAGAGAGACUGACCCACGGCUUCCCCCAGCUCCCUCCCUCCCCUCGCCGCCGGCGCCGCCAUGCUCCGGCGCCGAGGCCGCGUCCUCAUCCAGAUGCUCUCCACUCCCUCCGCCGCCACCACCUCCCCUCUCCACCGCCCCAUAUCCGCCGCCGCCCGACCACAGCUACACGCUCGGAGCUGCAUCCUCUCCUCUCCCCGCCGCCUCCUCUCCGGCAUCUCUCCAACAACCGGGUUCGCCGUGGAGGAGUACCUCGUCGGCACCUGCGGCCUCACCCGACCGCAGGCACUCAAGGCCUCCCCCAAACUCGCCCACCUCAGGUCCGCCGCCAACCCCGACGCCGUCCUCGCCUUCCUCGCCGGCCUCGGCCUCUCCGGCGCCGACGUCGCCGCCGUCAUCGCCCGGGACCCCAAGUUCCUCUGCGCCGGCGUGGACAAGGGCCUGUCCCCCAUCGUCGCGGGGCUCUCCGGCCUCGGUUUGUCACAUUCCGAGAUCGCGCGCCUCCUCUUGCAGUCCCCCAACAAUUUCCGUUCCAGAUCCAUCGUCCCCAAGCUGCAGUACUACCUGCGCCUCUUCGGCUCCUCCGAGAGGCUGCUCCGUGCCAUCAACUUCAACACUGCCCUCCUCGCCUACAAGAGCAAGGUGGAGCUCAAUGUCGCGUUCCUGCGUCAGUGUGGGUUCGGCGAUUGCGAUAUGGCCAAGUUGUGCAGCUCGAUACCGAGGAUGGUCACCACCGACCUGGAGCGUGUUCAGAGAAUGGUGGCAUUGACCGAAGCUCUCGGUGUGCCCCGGGGAUCUGGGAUGUUCAGGCAUGCUCUGAGUGCCGUCGCAUUCCGCGACGAGAAGCAGAUCGCAGCCAAAGUGGAUCACCUGAAGAAGACGUUAGGGUGGUCGGAUGCCGAGGUGGGCAUUGCUCUGCCUAAGGCCCCGUUUUUGCUCGCCAAGUCGAGCGAAUCGCUGCAGCACAGCUCCGAGUUCCUCAUGUCUGAGGUGGGGUUGGAACCCGCGUACAUUGCUCAGCGGCCGGUAAUUCUCUGUUACAGCCUAGAGGGCCGGAUGAAACCUCGGUACUACGUUGUAAAGUUUCUCAAGGAAAAUGGAUUGCUCAAGCACGACCCGAGCUACUAUACUGUUUUCAAGGAGACCGAGAAGUAUUUCGUGGGGAAGUUCAUAUACCCUCACAAGGAAGCUGCACCACACCUUGCUGAAGAUUAUGCUGCCUCUUGCGGAGGGGAAGUGCCCACUAGAUUCAAAUUUACAUGAACCGAAGAAUUCUGAGUAAUAUGUGUAGAAUCACGAGCAUUGGAGAUGCGUGAGCCACAAGCUGUAGGUUUGGCCAACUUCAAAUGCUUGAGACACCCAGGUCAGGGCAGGCCUGGGAGAGGCACUGAUGAUGGAGAGGACGCAGCUGGCAGACAUGGAGACCCAACGACCUGGAACAUCAACUCCUAAGCUUUCAUAGGAGGUAUAUGUGAUUUUGUCAAGCUGUUCUUCCAAAUCUAAAAGAAGUUUGCUGUCUAUGAAGCAGACGACUUGUGAUGAUUAUCAGGUGUCAUUCAAUUACUUUUAGAUGAUGUCCAUCAUCUUUUUGUGCAGUUCAUGUUGGCAACCUUGCUAUUGUGCCUGCAGGUUGAGGAUGUUGUCCAUGCAGUGGUAUAGGCUUGCUAAGGAAACCCAUGUUAGAGCAUGGAGUGCACGGCCUUGCUCAUGUGUGCGACAGCCUGAUAAGCCAGUUCCGCGGUUGUCAGAUCCCCUGAGAGUGGAUGCAGGACACAGGAUUUGUUGGUCAGGUAAAUUCAUUUCUCUAGCACAUGGCAAACAGAGAGACAAACAUAUGAAUUGUUUGGAUACGAAUAUAAUGCUAUAUAUGUUGUUAGAACUUAGCCCCUGUAUGGAAUGCAUGAGGUAGAAAGGAACCUAUCCAGAACAAUAUAAUAUUCGUUUGUUCUGCAAUUAGGGCUCAAAUCUGCAAGACGGUGAUCAUCAUACUGGUCCUAGACUUUUUCUUUUAGUAAGUAUUAAAGCAACCAGAACAUUUGCAGCUAUUCUGUGUUGAUACUGGCCAAGUGUAGUCCAGAUCCAUUCAUUGGACAAAGCCGCUGCUAGCCUGCUACUAGGCUAUAAUAAUAUCCUCUUCAUAACCAAACUUGCUUAAUCUUGAGAGAUGUCCUUUAUACUUAACUGUUAGUACUCAAUUGAAAUCAUUCUGCUCUUAAAUUAGUCACGGAAGAUAUUAAUCUGCAGUUUGGGGCAUAAAAGUGUUUUUUCCUAGGAAGCGGCUCACAAUAGAUCUGUUCAUCCACUGAAUAAAUAGCUCUGUAAGAGCCAGCCUUGUAUCGGUCGCUGUAUUAUCCGCAAGUGCCUACCUCCAACGUGCCAGCCACCUGUGGUUUUGUUGAACAAGAUGGCAUUCCAUUCUUGGUUCAUUAUGCGGAUCAAAAUCUGCCCGGUGAAAUUAGAAACAGAGUACCAUGGUGUAUCAUUAUUUUUUGGAGACGAAUCAUUUCUUGUUUUCUGUUGUUUUUUCUUUAUCCGUCUUGGUUGAUGUGAUUUUUAUCACUAUCUUUGUUACCCGACACUACAUGGGAAAACAAUGCUAUAGAGUGGGACCACUUGGGUAGCACGGUUGAACCAGGCAGGCCAGACCAGGCAACUGGCGAUGACUCUCCUUCCCCCUUGAUGUUGCCCUGGCUGUGAUGUCACUUGUGUGCCAUGCUCCGCCUGAGAUGUGCAACUUCACUCGUCUCCUCUAUUUGCCUCCCCCAGCCCCUCCCUCCACCGCCUUCUCUGUUGAUCAGCCAUUAUACCUAGUUGAGGUCAAGGGCACCUUUAGGUGUUAGUACGUAGGAUUUUUGUUGUCCUUCGGAAUUUAUGUAAGAAAUAUCAGAUUGAUUCGCACACUGUAAUGUCAAUAAUGUUCCCCAUAGUCUCAUAUAUUAGCUAUAUAAGGCCGUGGUCAGAUAAUUGACCAUAUAUCUACUUAUUGCACAAGUUGAGAAAUUGAGUAAGCAAUUAACGAACCACGACUUCAAUAUCUCCCGUAUUGGCUCUCACAAGACAAGCUGCAUUGCUAUGCAGUUAUAUUCCUGCAACAGCACAUGAGGCCUCUUCCAGUGCACAGGUGCUUAGAUGAGGUGCUAAGCGCAUUAAAGAUUUUAACAACUAAAGUCCUCGGUGCAUAGGUGCUUAACUUGUUGUAGCUAAGCUCCCUUCAUUUAGUGAUUUAGCCACUAAACUCUUUCAUGCAUUAGUGAACUUUCUUCAUUUAAGUGUUUUUCCUAGGUUAACACGUUUGGCAUUGUUUCUUCCUUGGGUCACCGGAGUGCUCUCUCCUCCUUAAUUGUAUUGCCAUGUCAUUUUUUUUUGCUAUGUGACAUGCUUACCACUUGUACAUGAUGGAGCACUGGGAAGGGCCUGAGCAUCCUGCAAUCACCAUGGUCCACAUCAUGUCCAACAUCAAGGCGAGCAUCCUGCACGUCCGUGAGCAAUGGGCGACGUGCCAUGCCAAACACAUAUUCGAGCUACACAGCAAGGUGGUGAUAGUAGUGGAGUUCUAUUAGUGGCCCGACAUCGGCUCAUACUUCAGGGUGUAUGACCUUGCCGGACGCGACGAGAGGAUGCCAUACCGAUACAAGUGGACCAUCUCCAACCGCUAAUAAAAUUAUUUCCAAACCUAAGGGGGUGUAUUUCGUUAAUGAAACCACAAGUACAAGAAUAAAUCUUUGUCAGGAAAACAACAUACAUACCAAUUACUCCCUCCGUAAAGAAAUAUAAGAGUGUUUAGACAACUACUUUAGUGAUCUAAAUGCUCUUAUAUUUCUUUACAGAGGGAGUACCAAAGUUUAUCAGCCAUUCUCCAGUAGCAAACAGUACAAACCAAACUAGUUAGCUAGGAUCACCAGCAUUCAAAGUCUUCUCAGGUGCUGUAAUGCAAAACAGAACACACACAAAAAAAGGACUCCUGAACUGAACCUCCAUGAGCGAUUCCAGGCAAGGGCAUCAGCUCUAUAUCAUUCACAAACCUUCCCCCCCUGUGGUAGGCAGGCAUAUUGCAGAUGUUACAACAGCAACUUACUACUACAUUCCACAGAUACAACGUACUAACUAGCAACAGAAAAUUACUUUCGUCUUUCACUUUUAUUUUUGUUCUGUUUGUAUGCUUGCAUAAAUCAUAGGUAAAUAUUCCCUAUGAUGUAGUAACAUUUUUUUUACAACCUAAGCAGGGGUAAAUAUUCUAACCAUUUGCUGGGCAUAAAUCAUGACAAGCCCUUCAGUGUACAACCUAAGCAUGGUCUAAAUCUUUAUUCCCUCUCUUGAAUUGCUUCCAAACAAACAAGACUUGGAAGAAAGUACCAAUCUCCAAAAAAUUGUAUGAGAAAUGAUGCGUUGGUGUGUAUUAAUGAAGUGGGCAACAUUGUAGCUCUUUAAAUAACAUAUGGUGGAGUUGCUUUGGGAAGCUAGCAGACAUCAACUGCAUGGGUUUUUUUUCCUUCCGAGUGAUCUAUCAUGCAACACCAUUGAACCUGGUGAACAUGAACAUAGGUAGCUCAUUGCAUGUUGGAGGUUACUAGCUAGGAUUGAGUGGCAACGGGAAGCAAAGGCACACGUUUAUCAGAGUAGUCACUUCAUUGGCUUGCUGGCUAAUUAGUUAGAUGAGCAGAUUAAGUUAUGUCAACUAGUCAAUUUCAUCAUUUUUCUGCCCACUUCCAUCUCCUUUAUUUCGCGAGGACGCCGCUUCUCAGGCCGACCAAGGCAUGACUCAUCUUUCUCAUCCAACUGAUUGGCAAUCUCAUCUAGCUAAGUGAUCAACAACUUGCUCAUGAUCAGCCAACUCGACAAGGACUCUGAAUGCUUGUUGCCUGCGGUGAGCUGGCUACUGGUGCAGCAGCAUGUGGCGCCGGCAAAUCAUUAAGGACCACUUUCUCCUUCACAUGAUCACCACGAGGAAACUGUUUGAUAAAUGUAUGAAGGGACUUAUGAUAUAGCUACAUAAGAAGCGCGGCGAAUCUGCGACUCUUCUGAUGAUGGAGCAGGUUUCGCAUGCACAUGUUCAUUGUAAACAUGCCAAAUUCUCCAAGAGCAAUGAGCAGCUGCAUGCGCUCCGUCUCCGGCAAAUUCGUGACACUGGCAUUGUAGAUGAUGCACUGACCAUCAGGUGCUCUGCUCCUAACGCAUGAAGACGCUCUGCGGAGAAAACAUGUACGCACCGUGUACCGUGAAAUUAAUUUUUGUAAGGGUCUUUUCUUUUUAGUAAUUCUUAUGUGUUGGUUUCUAGAUGAUAAUAGUUCCUUAUAGUAUAUACUUUCUCAAAUUCCAAAUAUACAAAGAAACACAGGCAACAGUAGUUGUGCACACACAUGUGGCGCUAAUGUACUAGCUGCACUGCAUGUAGGUGUAGCCGACUCAAUAAUAAGUCAGAAGCAUGUGUUUUUCUCUUGUAGUAGUAAAGUUUGGUUGCUUCCAACUACCACUGCUACUCUUAUUUGUUACUUGGUGAUCACAUAUAUGUUCAUAGUCA